CAGGCCAUGGAUCUAGUAAUGCAAGGGAGGACUGGAAUAAAACUAUCUAAAGAAACAAAAAACCAAGAAGGAACUUAUAGUUUUAAAACAAGAGAAAAUUGCCAAGAUAUUUCAAUGGAGGACAACAAUGUAAUCGAAAAUAUUCCUGAAACAAGUGAAGAAUACACUCACAAAAUAAAAACAACUUUUGAUCCUUUACUGAAGAAGAUUUUAGAACCAUUAAAAGCCAAAUCCUUCCGAAAAAUACUGUAUCAAAAUUGUCUCAUUGAUUCUCUUAUCCGUCACAAAAGCUUCUGCCCGCCAAUAGAUGUUGAACAAUUGUCUGAGUCACAAGCACUGGAGUUGAUGUCUCUACUGGAAGAUUUGUGGAAAGAGAUCAUUGAAGGUUUGCAAGCCAAUGACAUUCUGCACUGUCUGUUGAAACAGCUGAUAUUACAUGAGGACCAGCUGAUGUCCAGUCAGCUGUGGUUGAGGCUUGUCAGUCAGCUGAUCGCUGGUCACCCCCCACCCCACCCUCCUGGAACCCUUGAAGUAUCUCAAAUGGUCAUUGAGGCCCUACCUACUGCAGUAAAACCUGAGGUGUUAAAAAUAAGGGUAAAUCUGCUACAUAUGCGGUAUAAUAAACCUAUGGAACUGAAGUCAGCAUCAGCAGAUGAACUACAUGUGCUGCAAGAGUUGGGUAGGAGAGUUUUAGAUCACCCCACAAGAUUCACCACCCAGUAUUUGCACAGUUUGCUGAGCCUGUGGGAACCCCGGAUGAGUUGGGAGACGAGAGAGAAACUGUGUGCUCUGGCGAGGAUAUACAACGGACAACAGCCUCUGAGGAACCCUCCGACUCAGGUGUACACCUCCGCGUCUUUCCUGGGGGAGCAGGAAGAGAAGGAGGAGGUGAUGUCCACUGAGAGUGCGGACAGUCAGUCGUCUCCCUGGACACUGUAUACUGGAGAUGCAGAUUGGAGUCAAAGUGCCUUAGGAGCUUUACCACAGUGAAAACUACAAUAAAGGAGUUUUUUAAAAAAA